UGGAAAGAAGGCAAAAACUCCCCGAGGAAACUCAAGGGACCACAAGAGACGAAAAAGCCAGCCUAGGAAGGCCGCAUCCGAGCUAACAUCAUGACCGGGGGACACAUCAGAACUGUCAUGGUGACCGGAGCCAAUCGGGGCAUCGGUAUGGAACUGGUGAGGCAAUUCGCAGAAAUGCGCAACCCCCCAGAAUGCAUCUUUGCCACGUGCCGUAAUCCUCAGGAUGAGAGAAUGCAGGAGCUGAAAAAGCUGGCUGACAAACAUUCCAACAUUGUAAUAGUGAAACUUGAGGUCACCGACGAAGAGAGCAUCAAGGCUGCUGCAAAGGUAGUCGAGGGCCACUUGGCCGGAAGAGGGCUCAACCUUUUGAUAAACAACGCUGGCGUCAUGCCCCCGAGCACACUGGAGACGGUGGACCAAGAAGACAUGCUGAGUGUGUGCAAAAUCAACCUUGUUGGGCCAAUGCUGAUGACCAAGACAUUCCUGCCUUUGGUGAAGGCAGCUGCCAAGCAGAGCAAGGAGAAAGGACUGUGCUGCAGUAAGGCAGCUAUUAUUAACACUUCCACCAUCGGAAGCUCCAUGGGAACCCCACCCAGCAUGAAAGUCUUCCCGGUCAUCUCUUACCGUUGUGCAAAGACUGCACUGAAUAUGCUUACCCGGUGCCAGGCACUAGAAUACAAAGAUGACGGGAUCCUGUUUGCUGCAAUCCAUCCAGGCUGGGUGAAAACUGAUAUGGGGACUGAAAAGGCAGAACUGCCAGUGGAAGAAAGCGUUCAUGGGAUCCUUAAUAUGCUCUCCAACCUCUCUGAAGAACAAAGUGGGCGAUUUUUGAAUUGGAAGGGCGAGUACGUUUCUUGGUAAAAGAAAAUUGGGCAGAAGCUCAACGGAAGAACCCACCAACGUGUGACAAAAAAGCAACAGCUGGAUCUCCCUUUUGCCUGCUUUACAAUUUAAGAGGAACAGCAUGGCCUAAAAUUCUUUGCAUAAUAAAAAUGUUAGGAAGCACAACACCAAUGCUUCCAAUUCUUA